ACGGAGCUCAUUUGCAUGUUUAAGGGGGCGUCAGCACGUACGCGACGUAGCUGCUGAGGAGCGGAGGCCCCGCCGAGAGCCGGCGACGCCCGUCGGAGGAAGGGCGGAGAGGAGGGAAAUGAGGAUUCUGUGGAGCCAACACUUGGAUGCAGUAAGGAAACCAAUAAUAUAGAAAGAAGAAAACUUCUGAAGGUGAUGAUAUUGCUGAAAUCUUGACCUCACUUACAGAUAAGAAAAGAAAAAAGAAGUGUCAACUAUUCGUAUUGCAAUUAAACACCCAUAUCACUGUUGGCGUGAAGGAGAAAGCAUCAAAAUGUUUGAAAUGUGGAACGAGUUUUACUCAAGGGAUUUUCUGCAGCAAUAUGAAAGGACUAACACUGGGGAGAAGCCCUAUGAAUGCUUGGAGUGUGGGAACAGCUUCACUCAUAGUUCGGGUCUACGUAAACAUCAAAGGACUCACACUGGGGAGAAACCCUAUACAUGCCUGGUGUGUGCAAAGAGCUUUACAGAGAGUGGAAGCCUACAUUCUCAUCAAAGGACUCACACUGGGGAGAAACCCUAUUCAUGCCUGGAGUGUGCAAAGAGCUUCACAGAGAGUGGAAGCCUACGUUCUCAUCAAAGGACUCACACUGGGGAGAAACCAUAUACAUGUCAAGAGUGUGGACAGAGUUUCACUCAGAGGGGAAAUCUACGUUCACAUCAAAGGAUUCAUACUGGAGAGAAGCCCUAUGAAUGCCUGAAGUGUGGAAUGAGCUUCACUCAGAAUUGUCAUCUACAAAGACAUCAAAUGACUCACACGGGGGAGAAACCCUAUGAAUGCUUGGAGUGUGGGAACAGCUUCACUCGUAGUUCAGAUCUAUGUAAACAUCAAAGGACUCACACUGGGGAGAAACCAUAUAUGUGCCUGGAGUGUGGAAAGAGCUUCACAGAGAGUGGAAGCCUACGUUCUCAUCAAAGGAUUCACACUGGGGAGAAACCCUAUAAAUGCCUGGAAUGUGGACUAAGCUUCACUAAUAGUUCAGGUCUACGUUCACAUCAAAGGAGUCACACUGGUGAGAAACCCUAUAUAUGCCUGGAGUGUGGAAAGAGCUUCACUCACAGUUCAAAUCUUUGUUUACAUCAAAGGACUCACACUGGGGAGAAACCCUAUACAUGCCUGGAGUGUGGACAGAGUUUCACUCAAAGGGCUAAUCUACGUAAACAUCAAAGGACUCACACUGGGGAGAAACCCUAUACAUGCCUGGAGUGCGGAAAGAGCUUUGCGGAGAGUGGAACCCUACGUUCUCAUCAAAGGACACACACUAGCGAGAAACCCUUUACAUGCCAGGUCUGUGGACAGAGCUUCACUAAGAGUUCAAAUUUACAUUCACAUCAAAGGACUCACACUGGGGAGAAACCCUAUGAAUGUUUGGAGUGUGGGAAUAGUUUCGCUCGUAGUUCAGAUCUACGUAUACACGAAAGGACUCAUACUGGGGAGAAACCUUAUACAUGCCUGGAGUGUGGAAAGAGUUUCACUCAUAGUUCAGGACUACAUUCACAUCAAAGGACUCACACUGGGGAGAAACCCUAUACAUGCCUGGAGUGUGGAAACAGCUUCACGGAGAGUGGAAGCCUACGUUCACAUCAAAGGAUUCAUACUGGGGAGAAGCCCUAUGAAUGCUUGGAAUGUGGAAACAGCUUCACUUGUAGUUCAGAUCUACGUAAACAUCAAAGGACUCACACUGGGGAGAAGCCCUAUACAUGCGUGGAUUGUGGAAAGAGCUUCACAGAGAGUGGAAACCUACGUUCUCAUCAAAGGAUUCACACCGGGGAGAAACCCUAUAAAUGCCUGGAAUGUGGACAGAACUUCACUCAUAGUUCAGGUCUACGUUCACAUCAAAGGAUUCAUACUGGGGAGAAACCCUAUACAUGCCUGGAGUGUGGACAGAGUUUCACUCAUAUUUCAAGUCUACGUUCACAUCAAAGAACUCACACUGAGGAGAAACGUUAUACAUUCCUGGAGUUUGGAAAGAGCUUCACUCAUAGUUCAAGUCUGGGUUCACAUCAAACUGGGGAGAUACCCUAUCAAGACAUAGCGUAGAAUCAUAGAGUUGGAAGAGACCACCUGGGCCAUUUCAUUCAACCCUGCUUUGAUUUUAUAUGCUUCAUAUGCUUUUAUGGGUUUAACCAAAAUUGUUUAAAUAAUAAUGAUGUUUAAUACUGUUUUAAUAUUUGUAUAUUUUAAGUUAUAUUGCAAAGUUUUAAAUUUGUGACCCACUUUGAGUCUCCAAAAAUGUGAUAAUUAUAGUAUUAUAAUUAUGGCAAGGGGUUAUUAUUAUUGUAAUGAUAUUAUAAAAGUAUAAUGAUAAUUAUAAUAACCUCCUGCCAUGCAGGAAAGCACAAAGUGUGUGAGAAUGAGUGUCUGAAUUGAAAAAAAUAACAUUCUACAGUGAUCCAGAAUGACUUUGUAGUGAAUAUAACUGUUUGAGCUAAAAGUAGAAGCUGAAGACCAAAAGAAUGAGUACAAAAUGGAGAUAGCUGCCUUGCAUGAUGGUAUUGAGGCUCUGGCAGCCAAAAGCAAGGAACAUCUGAACCAUGGACAGAACUUUAGAAUCUUGAUAAAUGGAGAACAUCAAAGGCUGGUACAGUCAAAAGAAUAUAGCACUUGGGAGGUUCCCUUGCCAUGAUGGAUUGAGUGUGAACUGAUUUGGAGGACAACAAGGAGGACAUGAGAGAUUGUCCCUUCAGUAUGAUUCAUUAAGCAUGGGCUUAGUUUAGGAACAACAAAGGAGACCUCCCCGACACAGGUGCAGCUAGAUGUACCAGAACUAAAGUCUUGAAAGGAACUGUGAAAUUACAUGAAAAGGAACAUUAUGUUUAUUACCACGAAACAAAGAAGCCAUAGACUAGAAUUGCUCCUAAAUGAUAUAAAAGGAGAGCCUCUUCCGGUAUGGCUUUGUUGUUGAAUGAAGUACUGCAUCGGUGUCCCAUCACUUCUGCAAAGGAACUUGAUCAGUCCUUUGUGAGAAGAUUGGUGAGUUUGAGAGUAUGAAUGAAUGUGUGUGUGAAUGUCCGUCCACUUGGUGUCAAGAUCAUUAUGAUUUUAAAUACUGAAUAAAAGUUACAUGCAUAGUGUUUAAACCCAAA